GUUCCCGAGCCAUGCCGGAAGUUCGGUGAGUGGCGGAGGGAGGGAGGCCGAGGCGAGUCCGCAACUUGUGGAUAACCGCAAACAAAACAUCGAUAAGCCGCGUGAUUAACCCUUCCACUGCUUGCGGGGACUUGUGCGCUCGGGACUAUACGGCCAGUGUUUUGUUUUUUUUUUCAUUUUUCCUUUUCCUUUUUUAAUUUUUUUAAACUAAACCAGUUUAGCAGGAGAGAACGAGCCCCAUCUACGAAUGAUGUCUGGCGUCGUGCGAGGCCCGGCGGGGAAUAACGAUUGCCGAAUUUACGUGGGCAACCUCCCGCCCGAUAUCCGCACCAAAGACGUGGAGGAAGUCUUCUACAAGUACGGCAACAUUCGAGACAUCGACCUAAAAAACCGCAGAGGAGGACCGCCGUUCGCUUUUAUUGAGUUCGAAGACCCAAGGGACGCUGGGGAUGCCGUUUACGGCCGGGAUGGAUACGACUACGAUGGCUACCGGCUGCGCGUUGAGUUCCCCCGGAGCGGGAGGGGCUCCAGAGGCAGCAGUUUGGGCGGGGCCGGCGGUGGAGGCGGAGGCGGAGCCCCUAGAGGCCGAUACGGGCCCCCAUCCAGACGGUCCGAGUAUAGGGUGGUUGUGUCCGGACUCCCUCAGAGCGGCAGCUGGCAGGACCUGAAGGACCACAUGCGCGAGGCCGGCGACGUGUGCUAUGCUGACGUGUACCGAGAUGGGACUGGUGUUGUAGAGUUUGUGCGCAAGGAAGACAUGACCUAUGCCGUCCGAAAGCUGGACAACUCCAAAUUCCGUUCGCACGAGGGAGAGACAGCGUACGUUCGCGUGAAAUUAGACGGUCCCCGCAGCCCAAGUUACGGACGAUCCCGCUCCCGCAGCCGCGGCAGCCGGAGCAGAAGCCGCAGUCGCACCCCCAGCCGCAGCAGGAGCCGCAGCGACUCCAGAGGACGCGGACGGGCGUCGCCACGCUACUCGCCGCGACACAGCUGCUCUCGAUCACGAUCGCGCUCCUAGAAAACCUGGUGGCGUUCAUCACUUUUCGCCCCCCCCCCNCCCUGUGAUGUAACUAGGGUUGCAAAGGGGCGUGGAAUUCUGUCACAUUUCUAGGAAGUUUCCGGUAAAUUUCCAUCGGAAGUCAAGAUGCGGGAAUUUUGCAAAGGUGUUUUUAUCAACCAUUUUGUUGCGUCAUGAGCAGACAUUCAUGCAGAAUAAUACAGUUUAGCAUUUCAACUGAUUUUAUUUGUGGCUAGAUUGUUUUUCCAAGUUACAUUUUAUCGAACAGUCACUUCUUGGGAGUCAUUGAAGAACAACAAAAAAAAAAAGUUACGUUGCCUUCUGACCAAACACAAAAAAAUGUCCCAUCACCACAAAAGGCCAAUUUAAAAUGUUAAAAGGGAGUUUGUCAUUUGCAAAUAGGGUGUUUAUCUUGAAAGAGGCUUCUUUCUCUUGUUUUUGUCAGACAUGCAGUGGUAUCUUUUAUAUCAAAUUGGAGCCAAAACAGAUGGCUGAAUUUGCCCCAACCGACAAAUCAUAUGUGCUACUUGUCAAUCAAGUCAUGAUGACCAGUUAAACAAAUUUGACCCCCCGCCCCCCCCCAAAAAAAAUGUCCGUGCAAACUCCCCAUUUUGAUCAGAAGAGCCCCUCUGUCCCUUCCCAAUAAAAUUAGAUAAUCUAUAUUGAAGAUUUGCAGUUUUUUAAACUUAAUUUGCAAGAAAUCCAGUUGUAUGGUUGUAGUAAAAUACAAUUCCACACCACUUUUAAGUUAAUCGAGAGCCAUCCCGCAGGUUACUAAGUCCCUGCUUUAGUCCUCUUGAUCAUUCCCACAAAUUCGAUUAAUUCCUUUGGAAAGUUACCAUUAAAAAAAAAUCCCCGAAUUUUGCAACCCUAGAUGUAACCCCAACACUUUUCCGAUUUCUUUUUUUUUUUUUUUUGUCCUUCUAGAUGGGCUUGGUAUGUAGUUGUCCCUCCCCCAACAAAAAAAAGAACGUGCAAAAAUGUUGAGCCACAAAAUGUUUUGAGAUUUAAAAAAAAAAAAAAAAGGUGGGUGGAUUGUUGUCAUUGGAAAUUUCAUCAGAGACACCAACGCUUUAACUAUAUUUUACCUUGUGUCUUCCUUUAGACAUCUGAAGAGAAGGAUUAAAGUGAUUUGGAAUAAAAACCCAUUGUGGUGGAGCACAUUUCAUUUGUAUGGUCAGGAUAGGACAUCAAAUGGAGGCCAUGGUAUGCUUCACAUUCUGUCAAUCCUUGUCAUUGCUUUAUUCUUGUCGUGCAUGUCAUAGACUUGAAACACGCCUCUUUGGCCUGUGACACAGACAAAAAGUGUUGUGAUAUAUGUGUAACAUCUUUGCUGUCAUGUGUAAAUGAAAAAUCUGACUUGUGUUAGGGAAUUUUUUUCUACCUGCUCUCUGCAUUUAAAAAAAAAAAUUGAUUUUUUUUUGUUUGCCCCCAAUUUUUUUGUACAUUGUGUUCUAAUGGUCUGCCUCUGAUUUUCUUCCUGGUAUUUCAAGGUUUUGAUUGGAGAGGAGUGGCUCAGUGGAUCGCAAUCCUUUGGAGCUGGAUCGAUUUUUAGGAAAGGGAUUAUAGGCAAGGAUGGAUGCUCGGGAACGGGAUCAGUUUUCCAGGAUUUCCCAGCAAAAUUUUCAGAACUAAUUAAUAGGGGACCUCCCGGAGCAACUUUAAAAACUUUUUUUUUUUUUAAUAGCCUGCCAUCUGCCUAUCUUUUAUGAAGUCUUUCAGUGAUAAUGACGAGAAAAACUGAGGACCAGGAAGUUGGAUCAAAGGAUGGAAUCGUAGAUGCCUGGUAUGCGGGGAAAAUUUGGGGAGGGUUUCAUAUGGGGUACUAGUUUGAAUGUUGAUUUCUUUGCUUAAUCCUUUUUUCUUCUAGCAUUUUCAAUAAAACAUCUUCAAGAA